GAGAGACACAGAGAGAGAGAGAGACAGAUACAAUGGGAGAGAGAGAGAGGGGGAUCUAAAUAAGGGUGCGUAAAGCAGCUCGUGGACGCGGCGGUGCAGGACGCACACCGAACCCCCGCCGAACCCCUGCCGGUCGGGACCGAGUCACAGACUCCGGAACCCGGUCCCGAGUCCCCGUGCGUCCGGCACGUUGCGCACCUGCGCGGGAGGAGGUCGGGGUCCGGCACGAUGAGGGACACGUCCCUCGGAUUACAAACCCCGCGGAGCUUCUGUGUCUCCGAGCCGCACCGACUCCUCUGCGCCGGCCCCCCCGAGACCACCAUGUCCCCCAGAGUCCUGGCGUAUGUCCUGCUGCUGUCUGUCCUUCUCACCUGCUCUCUGUCCCUGGAGGACGAGGACGAGGACUACGAGGACGUCACCGUGAGCCAGAUGCUGGCCCCCAAAGCGCAGGACACCGGCGCCACGCAGAUCCUCAACCAGCUGCUGAAGGAGUACGACAAGAAGCUGCGGCCGGACAUCGGAGUCAGGCCGACCGUGGUGGACGUGGGCCUCCUGGUGAACAGCAUCGGGCCGGUGUCCUCCAUCAACAUGGAAUACCAGAUCGACAUCAUCUUCGCCCAGACGUGGACGGACAGCCGCCUGAGCUACAACGGCACCAUGAAGCGACUGACUCUGAACAGCAACAUGGUGGGACUCAUCUGGCUGCCCGACACCAUCUUCAGGAACUCCAAGAACGCGGAUUCCCACUGGAUCACGACGCCCAACCAGCUGCUCCGGAUAUGGAACAACGGGAGGAUCCUCUACACUUUGAGACUCACAAUAAACGCAGAAUGCCAGCUUCAGCUGCACAACUUUCCGAUGGACGAACACUCCUGUCCGCUCAUCUUCUCCAGCUACGGAUAUCCACGGGACGAGAUGAUCUACAAGUGGAGGAAGAACUCGGUGGAGGCGGCUGACCAGAAGUCCUGGCGUCUCUACCAGUUUGAUUUCAUGGGUCUGAGGAACACCACCGACGUAAUAAAGACCACGGCAGGCGAGUACGUGUUGAUGACGGUGUACUUUGACCUGAGCAGAAGGAUGGGCUACUUCACCAUCCAGACCUACAUCCCCUGCAUCCUCACCGUGGUCCUCUCCUGGGUCUCCUUCUGGAUCAAGAAAGACGCCACGCCGGCCAGGACGGCUCUAGGUAUAACCACAGUCCUAACCAUGACCACCCUCAGCAGCGUGGCCAGGACGUCUCUGCCCAGAGUGUCUUACAUCACCGCCAUGGACCUCUUCGUCACCGUCUGCUUCCUGUUCGUCUUUGCCGCUCUGAUGGAGUACGCCGCCUUGAACUACUAUUCAAACAGCGCCCGCGCGCCCAGCUGCAGGGAGCCCAAGCGAUCCAACUACUCGGUCCUGGACGUGAGGCCGCCGCACGCCGUCAUCGCUCUGCACAACUCGCUGUACUGGCAGGACUUUGAGGACGCCUGCGCGUACGACUGUCUGGACGGGAAGGACUGCCGGAGCUUCUUCUGCUGCUUCGAGGAGUGCAAAGGAGGAGGCUGGAGGAGAGGACGCGUCCACUUGGACCUGUUGGAUCUGGACGCGUACUCGCGCGUCUUCUUCCCCACCUCCUUCCUGCUGUUCAACAUCGUGUACUGGGUGGGGUACCUCUACCUUUGACUGGAGGAACUGGUUGGAAAUAAAUUUUAAAAAGAUAACACCCAAUCAAACGCCUGAAGCCGCUACCUUGAUGGGACGAGGGGGGCGA